AUGUCGAUGCUGAAGAACGGAAUACCGAACCGUAUUCAGUACCGCCCCGCGCUUUCGCGGUGCAAUGGCGGUGCGGUGAUGGCGGAUGGCGGGUCGGGCGCGGCGGACGCGGAGGCGGGAGCGGGCGCGGGCGCGGGCGAGUCGGCGGCUCGCGGCGCGGCGCUCGAGCGGGCUUACGUGCAUGACGUGUACGAGCAAGCGGGCGAAGAUGGCGACGAGGCGAUACGUGCGCCGGCGCCGGGCGUGCGGACCUUCCUGUCCGAGCUCGAGCCGGGCAGCCUGGUGUGUGAUGUCGCGCGGUGCAAUGGCGGUGCGGUGAUGGCGGAUGGCGGGUCGGGCGCGGCGGACGCGGAGGCGGGAGCGGGCGCGGGCGCGGGCGAGUCGGCGGCUCGCGGCGCGGCGCUCGAGCGGGCUUACGUGCAUGACGUGUACGAGCAAGCGGGCGAAGAUGGCGACGAGGCGAUACGUGCGCCGGCGCCGGGCGUGCGGACCUUCCUGUCCGAGCUCGAGCCGGGCAGCCUGGCGUACGUGCAUGACGUAUACGAGCAAGCGGGCGAAGAUGGCGACGAGGCGAUACGUGCGCCGGCGCCGGGCGUGCGGACCUUCCUGUCUGAGCAGGAGCCGGGCAGCCUUGUGUGUGAUGUCGGACUCAGGUCGCUAUCAACCGCGGCUCUCGAGCGAGCUUACGUGCAUGACGUGUACGAGCAAGCGGGCGAAGAUGGCGACGAGGCGAUACGUGCGCCGGCGCCGGGCGUGCGGACCUUCCUGUCUGAGCUCGAGCCGGGCAGCCUGGUGUGUGAUGUCGGUCAGCCGCUACCAACCGCGGCUCUCGAGCGGGCUUACGUGCAUGACGUGUACGAGCAAGCGGGCGAAGAUGGCGACGAGGCGAUACGUGCGCCGGCGCCGGGCGUGCGGACCUUCCUGUCUGAGCUCGAGCCGGGCAGCCUUGUGUGUGAUGUCGGCUGUGGCAACGGCAAGUACUUGAGCGUGAAUCCGGCCGUGUACUCAGUGGGAGGCGACCGGUGCACGCGCCUCGCAUCGCACGCUCGCCAUCACAGCAAUGAGGUGGUAGUAUGCGACAACCUCUGCCUACCCUUCCGCGAUGAGUCAUUCGACGCAGUGCUGUCCAUCGCAGUGGUGCACCACUUCGCGACGGUGGAGCGGAGGGCCAUGGCACUCAGGGAGCUGGCCAGGGUCACCAGGAUCGGGGGAAGACUCCUCCUCACUGUGUGGGCUAUGGAGCACGAAGGACGGAACUUCCAUUCUCAGGACGUGCUGAUUCCUUGGCAUAGGCCAGCUACGUUGUGCCCGCCGACACCGACGCCUAGAUUCCUGUCUGUCGAUCAUGAUCAGAACAUAGAGUCUUGGAAAUCCCGAGACGGAUCUCCAGGGUCAUCCUCACUUUCGUCACCCAACGAAACCUGCUAUUCAUUCGUACGGAGGGCACUUCAAAAGCUCGCUGGUCGUCGUUCGUUUUUGCCUUCCUGGGGUCUAGCCAGAGUCCCACCACGACCUUGCACGGGGCUAGAACCACCGGCUGCAGAUCUACCCAUCGAACUCCGGCGUUUGGAUGAAGCUUUACCCCCAAGAUUGAUCACACAAAACUCUGAAAGUUCCACAAUGAAAUCCAGAAGUUUAACUGAUAUCGCCGACGUCGAAAGGCGCACUCUCGUCCGCUCAAGGUCCAGUUUACCUAGCCUAGGAGGCGACGAAAACGAACCACCUCCCAUUGAAAAACCAGCGCCCGAAAUCCCCGAACCUCGAAAGAAACCACGUCUCGUAAAACAAAAGAAAUCCAUAAACGAAGACGAUGCCGAGGAGGACUUAGACAAACCCACAGAUAUGAAAAGUAUGGUAGAAGAAAUGCCUAAUUUUAAAAUACAUACGUAUAGAUUAGAGCCCAAAAAACCUGGAGUUUUCAAGCAGACGUCACUCAAUGAAGAGUUAAUGUCAGUGGAACGAUUACGUGAGAAGGAACAUUUGAGAAAAAAUAUCCAAAAACAGGCGUCUCUCAACGAGGAGUAUCUCUAUCGGCGACCGGGCGCUUUAGAUUCAAUACGUGACUCAAUAUUUUCUACAUCAGCAACCACCGCUAAGAAAUUCCAGUCCCUCAAAAACGGCCUCACUAGUAAGUUCAAAACAUCUACAACGAAUAUAGAUAAAGUAACGGUGUUCGUAAGAAUGCUUCAAGGGUGGAAGAAUCACGGGCCGGUGCCAGAAGUUCCUACGCCGAGUGACAAUAAUCCAGCAACUGAAAAAGCUGUGCCUGAGAGACGCCAUUCUAGAGAAGAUGGAUCUGAUUCCUCAAAGGAUAGCAGUUUGCAGAGUGAUACUAGCGUUGACUCGGAAGACAGUUUCGCAUCUGUGAUAUACGUCCCUAAAGCAGACGGCUCAGGCGACCCACUAUCGCCUACUCCUCUUUCACCCGGCCCCACCUCGCCUAGAUUAAAAGUGUCGUCUGUUCCAACCUCCCCUCGAAUGAAGAGCUCACCAGGCCUUCCUUCGCCAAGGAUAAAGCAGGCUUUUCCUCUAAUUCGUCCACCGGCGUCACCGAGUGCCGUCCAACCACCUACUGUAAACAAGAUAUUAGUCGCACAAUACAGCUUAAAAAACUAUUCUUCAUCCAGUUCUAUUUGUGCUGUACCAUUAAAACCACAGUCAAAAAGCCAACCUAACUCUCCACCAAAAUCAGAGUCAGACGACAAAGUAAUUAAGCCAGAACUUCAGCAACUCAUAAACAGCAACGUGUCUGUAGAAGUCUUUGAAGAAAUAGAUCCUAUACCGCCCAUUAAGGAGGAAGAGGAAACACCAACAGAGGUAACGAAAGAGCUUAUUGCCGAAAUCAACAAAGACAUAGAAGAAAUUCACAAACUUACAGAGGAGACAAAUCAAAUGAAACCAAGAGUUGUACUUCAAGAUGUGAAACCGUACCCAAAAAUUACACUGCAAACAGUGGCUGAGUUGCCAGAAAUUCCACAAUUUAAACCCAAGGAAACCAACAAAUCUUCAUCGGAUACAUUGGAUUCUAGAUCUGCAGAACGUAAACGCAAAGAGCGGAUAAAACAGAUAAAAGAUAUUCUAAAUAAAGGUAUCCCUGCGGGGAGCUUUGGAAGACGACCUCCAUUCCCAAUCGUUCGCACUGGCAAAUCCGAGCAUGUAGUAAAAACAAGACCAACACUAAUGGCUUUGGAACUGUUCAAUCCAGCUACAGAUGAUAUGGACAGCGAUUCAAGUGGCGUCUCUUCCCCAGACUCCGUUGACAGUGUCAUCAGCGUUGUACCAGAUGAACUCAGAAAAACUGCACAAGAAAAAGAUCUACCAAACCCCAACAAACUCACAACAGAACCAAAGAUUGAAGAAACACCUUCAGAUAAGUCCCCUUCUACGGCACCCGCACCUCAAGCACCUCAUAGCCUUAUUGAGGCUGUAGCAGAAGUAGCACAUUCCUUGGAUGAAACCUGUGAAACAGUGAUACAAUCUAGCCCAAGAUCAAAACGGAAACAUCUAGAGAAGUUAGAAAGCGCUGACGCAAUAGCCAUCAUCCAAGGAACUUCAAGCAGCAGUAGCAGUAGCAAUUGGAGCUUAAACAAACUAUCUCCUGGAGAUUUGAGGAUAUUAGAAGAUAAGUCGAGAUCUCAUACAAGUUCUAGUGGAAGUUCUUCCAGUCUGGAACGUCUGUCACCUGGAAGACGAUCCAAAGAUCGGUCUCCAAAACAAGGGAGUACGAGUAAUUCAACUUGGAGCCUGAAUCGAUUAUCUCCUAAUAGGCCGGAGGGACGGUCAUUGGACGAAAAUUUGAGCAGAAGUCAUAGGAGCCCCACUCGUUUCCCAUACGAUUCAGUUUCAAUAUCAAGUACCGAUUCUGAAAAAUCGAUUUCUAAAUCAGAAAGCUUUAAUAGAAUACAAAAUGAACCCUUGGUAACGUGUAAAUCUGAUAUGAUAGCAAAAGAAGAGGAAUGGGUAGCUGAUCAACAAGAUCGAAGUCAACAUUUAACUGAGUUUGCUGAAAAACUAAGUGAAAAACUACUACAGGAAAUUGAUCAGUAUUCUAAACGGAUAAAUGAAGAAGAUUUCGACCUCCCUAGCAGCAGCAGUAGCGAAAAAAGUAUAUCGCUGAGACUUAAACGUGAAGAAGAAGAUCGAAACACCCAGAAAAUUUUAGACGAAUUGUCAGACAGUUUACAACACCUAGAAGAUCCCUAUAUAAAUAAACUCAGCACAGAAAUGCAAGGCUUGAAUAAAUUAAGUGCUGAACUCCAGGAACGAAAUAAGUACAUAGCAUCCAUGAACGACACACAAGAGACUGAUAUAAACAAAUUGUUUCCUAAAUGCGGCUCUAAAACUAAAAGCAAAAAGAGAUCGAAAGAUGUUGAUCCAAUCAUUAACAAAUACAGAGAACUCAAGAAAACUAUGAAAGUAACAAGCGACGAAGACAUUUAUCUAAAUAAUUGUGCCAAUAUACAAUACAACGUUAAACCAGUCGUCUCUGAAGAAAAGCCAGCGGAAGUUGAAACCAAGAAUCCUGACGAUGACAGCGCUAUUUGUUCCAGUAAUGGAAAUCCCGAGAUCACAAUAGACUCUGGGACGUACGACACGAGUCAGUCGCUUGAAACUGGUUACUCAUUAGAAUCUGAAAUCAGCAUUGAUUCGCUGUGCACUAGCACUGACAAAAGGUCUUCACUGAAAGUCGGGCAGUCCACCGAUUCGAGCGAUCUAGAUAAAAUGGAGAUCAGUCCAGAGUCGAUAACUUCGCGAUCCAGUGCCAGUACAGCGCCUCUGAAGUCAGGGUUUUCAAUUGAAUCAAGCGAUACGUCGGCUGGUAGCGACUGGAGCAGGCGAGACAAGACCGGCAGUACUGCAUCUUUGGGCUGCGCUAGUUUGGCAUCACUGCCAUCGUGUAGCGAAUGCUCCAAAGAGAGGAAGCUGCUGGAAACACGCUCUUCUUCAGAAGAUACAGCUACUGCUCCAGUUCCUACUCGUCCGGGACCUCACGCUCCCCUCCUGCCAUCUCUGAGCGACGGAUCCGACAGCCUGCCAUCAGAAGGCGGCGCUGUCACCUACCACAGAUAUUACCACGUCUUCAAGAGAGGCGAACUCGAUCAACUAAUCGAAAAAUACGUGGAGAGUCUCCAUGUGGUGUCCUCGUACUACGACCAGGCCAGUUGGUGUGUUAUAGCAGAAAAAGUUCAAGUGUGGACCAUUUAGGUUCUUGUCGAUUGUACUUUCUUUAUUGCGAUUUUAGGAUUGAGUUGGUGUGUUACGGCCUGUGAAUGUUCAAAUGUUGGUGAAUUUAAUUCUUAUGAAAUAGUGGAAUAUAAUAUAAACAAGUAAUCUUUGGUAGUAGACACUAUAGUAAGUGCAGUGAUUACAUACAAGUGACCUUCUAACGAACUCCUGUGAGUGUUAUGGAUAUUCCCGAUGUGACAUGUAAGUAGUACUGACAGUUCGCGAAAUUGCCAAAAGCGAAGCUUUUGUUUUUUAAUAUAUUCUAGUCACUCUAUACUUGUUUACUAGUUGUUAUCUCUAUUAUAAUUAUAAUCUAAAGUCUUUAUUGCCCUUCGCAGUGCGAACUAAUGCAGUAUUCAAACAGUUAAAUUUAGUACAAUAUAUUUAUCUUUUCUGACAAUUAUAACGGUGACUUUAACUAUUUAAAUUGAUUAUCCAGUACUAUUUUUACCUGAUUGGAUAGUAUUCGGGCCUGCGGUCUGUACUCUGUACGACGGGCGUUAGUAUUCGAUGCGGGACUAGAACUCGUGUAAAAUGAAAACUAAGAGCUUUAAAUAGAAGAAAGUAAAUAUAGUAUAUUAUAUACUUCAGUCGCUCAAUAUAAUAUAAGCUAUUAAUAGCUUAUUUACUAUCUACCAUUCAUGUAUAUCUACAGAUACAAUAUUGUAACUCUUAUUACUGUUACAGUAAUUUAUACCAUUUUCCAAGAUCAAAGAAUAGAUACAAAAUUACAUAAAAUAUAAAUUUUAUCAAAAUAGAGACUUUAUUGUAAUGUAUAAUAUUAUUAUUCGAAGACAAUAACACUUAUGAAAUUAUUAAAAAAUGUUGGUAUUUAUAGCAUAUUAGUUAAUGAAAAUAUCACCCUAAUGUGCACCGUUCAUUUAUGCCUAUUUAGACAAGUAUUUGGUUUUGGAGUAUGGUAUAAAUGGUUCUUUAAAGAGACCUUUAUCUUAAUACUACAUGCACAGAUUAUGUUUCGACUACGGUAAAGUAAAUGAGCUGGCCUCACACAUGGGUUACGUAUAAUUAAGCCUACGGGUCCACGAUACGUUUCAUUAUCCCAAUUUAAAGCAUUAUUUAUACUAAAUUCGGACCAUUUAGUGAGGUUAGGAGUUUUAGACGACGUAGUGGCAUAAAGAGCGUACCCUUGCCUAAAUGUAAAAUACUUGAGAGUACAAAUACAUACAUACAUCAAUUUGUUCAAUACUCAAUGUAUGUAUACACGCCUACUCUAAGUGUACUUCUAAAAGUCUACGCCUUAAGAAACUCAUUUCCCUAUUCCCAUUCUAUCUACAAAUAUGUCACAUAUUCAAUUUUAAUACAAUAUCAUUUCAAAAAUUAUUAUUUAGCAUUUUGAAAAUUAU